AUGGCGCAGCAAUUAAGAAAUCUUUCCCAACCCACUGGACAGCUGCCAAGCAACACCGAGAAAAACCCCUCGGGGCAUAGAUUAGCGCGUCGCAAGCAUGAAGAAAAAUAUGGGAAGUUUUUAGAAGUUCUGAGUAAGCUUGAAAUAAACAUUUCCUUCAUAGAUGCUAUCAAGGAGAUGCCUUCUUAUGCAAAAUUUCUAAAGGAGGUAUUAUCUAACAAAAGGAAGCUGCCAGAAAUAAGCGUAGAAACACUAAGAGGAGAAUGCAAUAUUAUCUUAGAGUGCAAGGUGCCGAAAAAAGAAGCUGACCACGAGAGUUUCACCAUUCCAGUCAAAUUUGGUGAAGUUUUGGUUAAUAAAGCACUUGCUGAUUUGGGAGCUAGUGUGAGUAUUAUGCCGCUAUCUUUAUUCAAGAGGAUCAAUGCGAAGAUCAAGCCAACAAGGAUGUCUUUGCAGCUAGUCGAUAGAUCAGUAAGGUUUUUAGUUGGAGUUGUUGAAGAUUUGCCAGUUCAACUAGGGAAGUUCUAUGUCCCUUGUGAUGUUGUGAUUAUGGAUAUUGUUGAAGAUCAUGUCAUACCUAUCAUUCUUAGGAAAGAUUUUUUGAAGACUGCACAGGCUGUUUUUGAUGUGUUCAAUGGCAAGCUUACAUUGAACAUCUUGGGGGAGGACAUUGAGUUUCAUCUUCCAUCAAUGAUGAAAGGACCCGCUGUUGAAUCACUGAAUAUAGCAGAAUUAGCAAGGGUUGAGCUUAUGCAUCCACAGUAUGAUGACCCUUUGUGGUCAAUCUUAGAAGGAGUUAGGAUGAAAGGUGCUCAGAGGCCGCAAGUUUGA